AUGGAGAGUGAAUGCCGAAGUACCCUAGACAAUUCGCGGACGUUUUCGAUCAUACUCAGACUUUUAACUCAUCCAUUUAGAGACUCACUUUCCGGGAGUGGAAAAAUUGGUGUCAAUAAACAAGAUGAAAGUAAACGAAAAGGUGGCUCAUUCAAAAAGGCGGAUAGAAUGAGUGCCACAAUUUGGAAUGCUAACCCAAAGACUGAUAUAUUAACAGAAGGCACGGGCUAG